AUCGUUCUGGUUGAUGUUUCAGUAUUUUUGGCAGAUUGUAAAUAUGUUUACAACUUUGUUAUUUCUAUCAUGUUCGCUUCUGGCAGUUUACGCGAGAACACCAGAAGAAGUUAAAACAUGGUUCAUGCAACAAGGCAUGUUAUGCAACAACGAGCAUCCUAUUACACCUGAACAGAUGGUCAUGUUGCAGCGACAUAAGAUUCCGGAGAGUGAAAACGUGAAAUGUUUGUUGGCUUGUGUUUAUAAGAAAGCUCAGUGGCUCACAAAUUCAGGCACAUUCGACGUGGAUAAAGCAAAGGAUUUAGCCAAAGAAGAAUUCGCAAAUGAUGCAACCAAACUAGAGAAUGCAAAUAAAUUGUUCGAUGAAUGUAAAUCAGUGAACGACAAACCGGCAGCAGAUGGCGCUGCCGGUUGUGACCGCUCAUUCCUGAUAUCACAUUGUCUAAUUGAGAACUCACCUAAGUUCGGAUUCGACUUACAACAUGUACAUUUGUAACCAUUAAUUAAAUGAGCUCCACAUAGUAAAUUUAUUGAAUGGAAAUAAAAUAUUUAAUAAUUAAUAUGUAUUUUAUUUGCCGUGUGGUCCCGGCAUAGAACGGGCCACCCCUUCCUUUCCCGUGGGUGUCGUAAGUCGCGACUAAGUGAACUAAAUGGUCGAACGAUGGGAAGCAGCGUCCCUCUUAAAAUAUGACCUGUAAAUCAAUGCCUAACUGCGGUUGCCAACUCGCCUGCCAAACGCGGCAUCUAGUGGCAGUCCAGUGCGUACUUCGACCAAAAUACUUGGUCAAUAUGUGUCUAAUGUUAUAAUAAGUACCUGGGACAUAUCAGACAAGAGAAUAUAAAUUUAUGGAAGGGAAAAAAGCCUACCAGAGGGAGACUUUGUACGAAAGUCGUUUGCUUGGGUACCUCUGUCCCAUUCGUGUUUC